CAUCUCAAUCGCAUGAACAUCUGCAUAUCGAUGUAAGCGUGCUAUCUUCCUAUGCAGGUCGAUUGCUAUUGUUACAAUUGUCACAGGUGAUAAGAUAAGGCUGAGUCUGACCCUUUGCCUCCACACCAGCUCUUGUCCGCACCGGCGAACCAUCAGCAUCUCUAAUCUCACCGAGGCCUCAGCUCCUCUUCCAGGACGACAACAUCACGACAAUGGCGUUCAAUACAGCAUUGGGUGUCAUUCUACUAGCAUUGCUGUCGCCUUUCAUCUACGAGCGCGCGCAGACAUUGUCGCUAUUUUUCAGCAAUGCGCCUCAUCGCCUAGUCAAGGUGAACACCUUCGCCUCUCAUGAGGUCAGGUUCGCAGAUCGCAUUCGCAGCUGCGAGGAUGUGCUGCUCGUCGAGUCCAAGGGCAUUGCCAUUGCCGCCUGCGACCCCGGUCGUGAGAGGUAUAAUACCGUCAUGGGCAUGUACCUCCCUGAGCCUGUCGAAAAUGGCAAGUUAUACAUCUUCGACUACACGACCACCGGCGCGUCAGGCGAUGAAGCUCUCAAGCAGCUCGACUUCGUCGAUUUCAAGUUUGAGUCAGACUUCCACACCUUGGGCAUGGCCUACGAUGAGGCUACUUCCACCCUCUUCGUUGCAAACCAUCGCCACGAUCACCCAGCGGUUGAGAUGUUCUUGCUUGAUCUAGAAGGCAACACGGCGACGCAUCUGCGCUCUAUCCAGCACCCUCUGAUUCACGGACCCAACUCCAUCGCGUUAAUCAACGACCACGAGCUCUACGUCACUAAUGACCACUUCUUCGUCCGCAAGAACCACUCUAUCCUGCACCAGCUCGAGACUUAUCUCGGCGCCCCCGGUGGAAACGUCGUACACGUCGAUUUCUCGCCCAUUAUCAAAGACCCAGCAGCCCCUGUGCAAGCCAGCGUCGUCGCGCGCGUCGCCUUCGCAAACGGCAUCGAGCUCCUCAACGAGACAACAGCCGUCAUCGCAUCGUCAGGCAAGGCAACGGUGCACUUCUUCUCUAUCACCACACCCGAGAACAACGACACACCAUCGUCCCCCGUGCCGAAGUUCACGCAGAUAUCGAAGAUCAGGGUCCCCUUCGCCCCCGACAACCUCGCGGUCUCCAAGGACGGUGCGCUCAUCAUCGCUGGCCACCCACACUUCCCGAGUCUCGGCGCAUUCACCAAGACGCGACAUAUCUGCAACUCGCCAGAGGAGCUAGCCAAGGCCGACGAAGGCAUGCAGGAGACCUGCCGCACGCUUUUGGCGCCGUCAUGGGCCGCCAAGUGGACUGAGGCUGGCGGGCUUGAGACGUUGUACGCGGACGUCGAGUAUCCCAGCAGCGCGACGGCUGCGCGCGACUCUGACCGGAAGAUGGGCGUCAUAUCAGGCCUGUAUGCUAAGGGUAUCCUCGUUUGGAAGGAAUGAGCAUUCCCCAGUUUCUUUCAGUGCGGGCAUAUUACUUGGAUUGCUUUGUAAAUGACUAAAUCUUUUUACGACACGUUAUGUUUUCCCUCUUACCCCAUGAUUUCAUUUCUGGACUAGCUUUGAAGAUCUCGGGAGAUCUACAACGCGAUGAAACGUAGCGGGUUAUCUAUGUCUGGCAGGAACAUACCUCAGCUACAAGGGCGCAUCAGGAGGAUAAGGAAAAUUGAAAUUGGGCCUUUUCAUGUCAGCGUCUUGAUACUUUGCCGCCUGCUUUCUUCACAUCGCUACGAGGGGCACUCUUGGAGUUCUUAUG